GAAUUUUAUUAUUUUUGCUAUCAUGAACAAUGAAACAGGAAAACCUAAUCCAAUUAGAUUAUCCACUCAGCUUUUAUAUUUUAUGGAUUACAAAAUUCAUUAAUAUAGUCCUGAAGAAUUGUAUGAAAACAAAGCCCGAUUAUUUGAGUAAUUAAUGACGGAAUGGAAUAAUAUGACUGCAACAGACCAAGAAAAAUUUAGUUUAAAAGUGAGAUUCACAAAUGGAGGCGAAAAAUCAAAAUACCGCAAAGACGAAUCCUCUUCGGAAACAAUGUAUGAAACAGCAGAUGAAAAACCCACAAAAGUCAUAUAGCCUAUAAUAGAAGAAAAGAGUGAAAGUAAAGAAAAAUCAGAAGAAAAAAAAUCAUAAGAAGUGAUCAAAGAAGAAUAAAAUAACAAGCAUGUCGCAUCAAAUAGAGAGUUAAAAUAGGAGUUGGUAAUCUCUUAUGAGGUAAUUUCUGAAAAAGAAAGUAAUUCCUAACAACCCUUGAAAAGUCAAACAUCCAUAAAUUAACAAAUAAUUUAAGAAAAACAAAUUGAUGAAAAUGAGGAGAAUAAGAGUCAAGAGGAUUCAAGAGAAAAUAAAUAAAACCAGGAAAAUUUAACCUAAGAAAAUUAAGUUGACCAAAAACCUGGUUUAAAAAGAGGGAGAAGAAUAAGCAAAGGUUAGAGACCCUCUCAAAAGGGAAACAAUGAUACCAAGAAACAAAAGGGUGGCUAAAUUUCAAAAAGAGCAUUAAGCAUUUCAAAAUAAAAAUAGUUAGAUUCACAAUAAAGUGAAAAGUAAUUCUCGGUCAAUGAUACACUUACUUUGAAAUAGCUGAAAGAUUAAAUUAAGAAUUUAUUUAAAUAAAUAGAAUGAAGUUAAUAAUCAAAUGUUUAUAUAAUUAUAAAUACAUAUUUA